CUCUUAGAUCGCUGCUGUCAGCCGCUGCCAGCUUCGUGUUGUUGUAGUAAAUAAUGGCGGCAUCGGGAGGCGGAUUAUCCCCUCCCGCUACCGUGGCGGGUUUGAGCAUCCAAGCGCCGGCUCGGGCUCGCUUCCCGGGUCGACCAUGCACGGUUCGCAGCAGGCUGCGGUCGGAGAAACGUAUCAAAUGCGGAAGGUUGGGCUUGGACGACGGGGAUCUGGCUUCCGAAGGGCCGAGGCCCGUAAACAUCGGCAUGGCGUUGAGCGAGGACCCGGCCCUGCUGCGCCUGCUCGGGGUGUGGGAGAAGCACAGCAGGCAGAGAGAUGCGGGCUUCCAAUCCAGUGAAGAGGAGGAGGAAGUUUUCACUGGAUUUGGGACCACCACAGCUAGUCCACAGAAAGAUCCUUGCUCGUCUUUACUCAGCAAAGCAAAGCCUCUCAUAGGAAAGAUUAUACCUAAAAGCCGAAAAUCAUCUCUUGUUGGAAAAAUUGUACCCAGAGUUCCUAAAGACGACCAGGGUGUCCAAGAGAGCCCAUCUAAAGACACAGAUAUCCCCGAUGUGGUUUUUAAACUGCACGGCAAGCAUGCAGGUGCGCAGGCCUCAGGUAGACAGAGCCGUACCAGAGCAGCAGACUUUAUUAGGAGAGCAGGAAAAUCAGCAUACUCUCACAACAUGCAAAACCAAACAGCUGCUACCUCAGCUGGCACCAGGCGAGUUUCCAAGGUCAAAGAACCAGGCGAGGUGUCGGAGGAUUCAGACACGGACCAAUCUCAGCCACAGAGAUCUGUAAAACGCAUGAGGGGGUUUCAAAUUGGGCACACCAGAGGCACAUCUCAAGCAGCAGCUCUGUCGUUCACAUCCUUUCAGAAACGGCAGAGGAGGAGAAUGGCUAAGGGUAUGGGGGCCUCUCCUGAGGCCGGGGCUGAGGCCCAGAGUGGAGACGAAGCAGCAGCAAUGCCGCUCGAGUGUAAAGCCACAGAUUCCCCUCGAAAAAGAAUACUCGGAAGGCCUCGCAAAUCUUUGUUUGGGCACAAGCGAAAGCCGAAGCCAAACGAUCCUUCAGAAGUUAGACGUCCAAAACUUGGUAGCAUUCGAACUAAGCGUGUUUAUUACACCUAUGUAACGGAGCCCAUUCCAGUUCCACAGACGCAGGGUGGGACUAAGCAGCAGCUGCAGAGUCAGAAUAUCACUCCUUCUGAGUGUGACCCCUAUAACUCCACUACUGUAACGAGUGGACGGUCCUCCCGCGUCAUCAAAACUCCCAAAAGGUUCCUGGAUGAGGAAAUGAUCCCCUUUCCGAAGGGUUCUCUUGCAACAUGGCUGAAAAGUCAACAGCGAGAGGAUGGAAAACCAAGCCCAUCAUGCCAUGACUUGAGCUAUGAUGGCAACUCGCUGCAGUCAGACUGUGACUCUACAUCUGUGGCAGACAACCCAUAUGCAAAGUUCCCAUCCAAGCCCAGGCCAGGCACGAGCCACCUCGAGAUUUACAAGAACCUUAAGAAACUGACCUUGAAACUGGCGGAGAAAAAGAAAGGCCACUCGGACACUGAAGGGAGCUAUAAACAAAGUGGCGACGGUUUGACCUCUCGUGUCAGGAAGAAGCGACGGUCAAAGCUCAUGAUGGAGGAGAUGGACGCGCCUGGUGUUGUGAGGAAACUAGCCGUGGUGGUGAACGCUGAUUUGUCCGCCUCCUCCAAUACGGCGUCAGGAGAUGCAGGCUGCAACAGUGAAGCAGAAGGAGUUGCUGGGGAGAGUAAUGAGGCGGUGGAAGUCAGCGGUCCCAGCUAUCGCAUUGGUCUCAGUGGAGCCAAUAAGACGAUGCUCCACCUGCUGAAGAAAGCCAAAGUCCAGCUCAUUAAGAUUGAUCAGCAGAAGCAGCUCAAGCUGUCGCAGUUGGGCUCAGGAGAAUCACGAUUGCCAGUGACCCGAAGAAGGAGGAGGAGAGUUAGCUUAUCUCCCAAAGAUACAAGUUCUGAGGAGCAGCCGCUGGGGGGGCCGAGGAUCAAACAUGUGUGUCGGGCAGCAGCAGUGGCUCUGGGUCAGCCCCGUGCCAUGGUGCCAGACGAUAUCCCCAGACUCAGCGCCCUGCCACUCCACGAGAGAGAGGGCAUCACCUUCUCUCCCGCAGCAGAAGAUGUGGCAGAUGAUGAUGAUGAUGAUGAUGAUGAGAUCCCUGAUCCUGGCCGGGCUCAGUGGGUUGUCUCUCAGGAACAAAUCCAGCGGAGGAGGAGGGGCAGAGGGAGGGGAAGGGGCCACGUGUUCAGAAAGAGGAAGACCCAGGGUCGAUAUGCAGCGGGGGGAGUCCGCUCCCGACGCUGUGGAUGCUGCAUGGGAUGUUUGGUCGAGGAGGACUGCGCAGACUGCAUCAACUGCCUCGAUAAGCCCAAGUUCGGGGGGCCCAACACCAAGCGGCAGUGUUGCAUAUAUAGGAAGUGUGAUCGGAUUGAGAAAGCGAAGAUGGACCGCAUCAUCAAACCAUUGAAACUCCAUGCAAGGCGUUUUCCCGGCUCCCUGUCAAGCAUUGAUGAUAAGAACUGGGGAUUUGAAGGCGCAGUCGAGGGAUUGUCCGUGACGGUGCCUGUCAGGAAACAUUCUCUGCGCAACAUCACGCCACGCUGCUACAGCAGCCUGCUGAAGUCUGAAUCUGAGGAGGAAGUAGAAGAAAAGUAUAAGGCUGAUAAAUUGCCGGGGAAGACAGCUGUAGCCUCUGAUAAAAAGCCAGAUCUCGCUACUCAAGAUGGUGAAACACUACCAAAAGACCCUCUGACUGAUUUGCCGAAGCCUCGCCGGCUGUUCUCCAGAGGACCUGGGACCAAACCCAGAGCUUACAAGGAAAAGGAGAAUACGGAGCAGACGGAGUCCAGAGACACUUUACCAGAAACCAGCCCAUCCAGAAGGCCAAAGCCGAAGCUGCAGCGGCAGCUACAAAUACACUUACACCGCCUGCCUGAUAAUGCCCUGCAGACUCUGUUUUUGCUAAAGCAGUGCCCCCAGUGUCCGGAUGUUGGUGGUGCAAAGUCACAUCCGAUAUUGACCCAGCUAAUAACGCAGCCUGCUAUUUCACAUUCAUCACAUUCCACACCACAGUGCUCUCCAGAACAAUCCCUGCUGGCAACGCACCCCGCUUCUCCACCUUCCCCAGCUUCCCCACAUCCCAUAACAGAUACCGCACGGAAGUCCCAGUCGUUACGAUUGCUCCGCUUGCCCCAGUCCACACUGCAGUCAGCUGUGACAGAGGUUUCGUCCAAGUUGUGUUUUCAGGAGCAUCCAGAGUCUGAGGUGCAGUCCCCGGAUGAUUUGCCUGAGACGCACAGAGCUAACAAAGAUAACACUGAUCAAGUGCUCCCACAGACUGUCCAUCCACACACAGAGUUACAGGAGGGACCGCAAACGGAGCGGGAGGACGGACCAGAGGAUUGGCCUCAAAAGGAGGAGGAGGAUGACGGUUCUGUAAAAGAGACGGUGCCGAAAAACUGUCAAACAACUGACACACACUAUGUCCUUCGUUCCCAGAAUCCUGCAGAGUGUGCGUCAGGGAACAGCCUGACUGGGUUAACCAAUGGUUUUCCCCAAAAAGGCCUGUUGCAGAAAAAGUACAAGAUCCGUGUGGACUUCAAGGAGGACUGUGCUGUCCAGAACGUGUGGCUGAUGGGCGGCCUGAGCGUCCUCACAUCCAUCCCCACCACCCCACAACCUGUCUGUCUGCUCUGCGCCAGUAAAGGACGACAUGAGAUGAUAUUCUGCCAGAUCUGCUGUGAGCCUUUCCACAGUUUCUGCCUCUCAUCGGAGGAGCGCCCCCAGGAGGAUAACAAGGAGAACUGGUGCUGUAGGCGCUGCAAGUUCUGUAACGUGUGUGGCCGUCGAAGCAAGAGCACAAAGCCAGUGUUGCAGUGCAGGAGAUGCCAAACCUCCUACCACCCCUCCUGCUUGGGACCAACCUACCCAAAACCUAUGAACUGCAGCAUGCCAUGGGUGUGCAUGACAUGCAUUCGUUGUAAAAGCUGCGGCGUGACUCCUGGAAAGUCCUGGGACGUGGCCUGGAACCACGAACAGGAUCUUUGUCCUGACUGCACUUCUCUGCACAAAAAAGGUCAUUUCUGCACCAUCUGCAAGACGUGCUACAACACCAAUGAUCAACACACACAGAUGAUUCAGUGCUCGCAGUGCAGCCACUGGAUCCAUUACACAUGUGAAGGACUUUCGGAUGAGCUGGUCGGGUUGCUGUCGAGCCAAACGGAGAAAGUGAUUUUUAGCUGUUCGCCCUGCAGCGAGCAGCAGGCUGGAGGCAGCAGCUUGAAGAUGGAGCUGCAGGGGAGGCUGGUGGACGGACUGGAGGAGGUGCUCACUGACCUCCUCUCUCACAACACCACACAGCACCUCCUUAAGUGCAAAAUGUGUCGGGAAACAAACAACACACAACUUAUCAGGGAACAGCAACCAGUGUGUGAUCUACAAGCCAUGGAAAACAAGUUUAAAGUGGGUGGAUACACCUCAAUGAAAUCUUUCCAUGGGGAUGUUGUCUCUGUGAUGAGGAAGGCGCUGAAUGAGGAGGAGCUUCUCCCCGAGGAACGGAGACCGACCAGUCAGGCCAGGGACCGCUAUGUCAAAGUCGUUGAGCAGAUGUUCAGUUGGUUUCCUGCUAGAUAUCUGAAAAAUUGGAUCUUAUCACCUGAAGAAUUACCGAGUGGCAUGCUCCCUGAAGCGGUCCUUCCUCCAUCUAAGGAGCACAGCUAUGCGCAGUGGAUGGAAAGGACAUACCAGUCCAAAGAGCCCAGGGGCCCACAGGCGGGGAAGACUGAGUCUGUGGUUUCCUCCGUCACGACACAGCGGUUUGGUGUACCGCACAGCCGCACUCUGUAUUCACACGGUGUUAAGGCUGAUCUUGAUAGUAACACCACUGGAGACAUGAGGCAGUGUGCCCUGUGCCAACAAAAUGGAGAUUAUCCUCCCAGGGAUGCAGGACGUCUGCUGUACUUGGGACAGAAUGAGUGGGCUCACAUAAACUGCUGCCUCUGGUCUGCAGAGGUGUAUGAGGAUAACUGUGCUCUGUUACAAGUGCACAGCGCUGUCUCAAGAGGGCGCCACCUGCGUUGUGAUCGUUGUGGGCAGUCAGGAGCCACGGUGGGCUGCUGUCUCUCCACCUGCCAGAGUAAUUUCCACUUCAUGUGCGCACGUGCCCAGCACUGUGUGUUUCAGCUGGACAGGAAGAUGUUCUGCUUCAAACACAGAGAUCUUGUCAGUGUGAAGACGGUGUCUGGGAAAGGGUUUGAAGUCGCUCGGCGGGUAUACGUGGACUUUGAUGGGAUCAAUCUCAGAAGAAAGUUCCUCACAGGCCUGGAGCCAGAAACCAUAAACAUGACCAUAGGCUCUCUGCAGAUCCAGAAACUUGGUGUUUUAUCAGAGCUGUCGUCAAAUGGGAGGAUGCUGUAUCCCAUCGGCUAUCAAUGUUCCCGGCUGUACUGGAGCACUGUGGACCCCCGCAGACGCUGCAAGUACACAUGUAAAGUGACAGAAGUUAGCACACCUCUGCCUGGUGAGGAACAAGACCCACGGUGGGACCAGGAAGAGAAUCACACCACAAUCCACAACCCCAACCACCACAGAGAUAUGGAGUCCCCGGAGUGUUUAAGCACUUCAUCCAAUCCAUUGAAGCCCACUACUCCAUCACCAAACUCCAAACAGCACAACACACCUGGGUCCAAAAGUCCUGGUUACACACAGACCAGGAAACCAGCAGGAGGAUCAUCUCGACCUCUUCCAUCUCCAGGGUCCGCUCUUCCCAAACCGCAUCACAUCCUUACAUUGAGGGACCUGGAGGACACCCGUCGGCCUCGCAGGCUCUCAUCAAGAAGCCGCUGUAGUUCCUCGCCAACAGACAGCGACCCGUCUGUGCCGAUGACCCUCCGUUCUGGUGGCACCAUCCACUCCAGGUGUGCUCUGUUCAGUUCCCCUACGAGGACAUCCAAUUUAGGAGCAACGUCUCCUCCUCUGUCACGACAAAACUCAGCAUCACCAGUCUGGAGCUCCCCGCCCCGAUCCAACUCCAGCAUUACUGCAGGACUGUCUCCUCUGCAAGGAGCCAUCACUCACUCCCCCAGAGGGAGGCAGAACUUUAAAAUCACCACACCCAUUUCUUCAGAGGUUCCCCAGGACUUCCUAGCGUCGUCUGAGGCAGAAGACGCAGCGGUGGCCACAACCAACGGGAUCUCACUAGCGCCUGAUAACCUUGAGGAGGAGGUAGCCCACCUGAUGGCCCAGGAGCUGCCGUACACGGUGUUCGACACGGACACAGAGGUAGCAGUGGCUUCCAUGCUGAACGCUAAGCUCGACUUUGACGAGGCUCUGCUAACUGAGAACGUGGGCCUUCACUGUGUAGCACAGGGCGGGAGGGAAGAGGUGGAAAACAUAGGGCAGGAUGUGCAGAUGCAAGAAGACAACCGGGAGAAUGACUCGGAAGUUGAAGACUCGAGCCAUUACUUUAAAUUUUCCCGCACAGUGGUGUGUGAUGCAGCUAGCAGCUCGGAUGCCUCAGCACAGCUCACUUCCACACAGUCCAUCUCCCAGUUAGAUGGAGCGGACGGAGGGUCGGAGAGCGAUGAAAGCGAUGCGGUCGAUGUCGAAGCUCAGGAGGACACAGAAAGACAACAUGAAGUGAGUAAGAUCCACAGCUCACAUAAUACACCGACUAAGCAGCUGACAGUCACCCUUCAGAGGUUGGAUUCCAUCUACAGCAUGCCAAAGUCCAGCCAUGAGCUGGAGGUACAUGAAAGUACUCCACCGUGUGACAUUCUCGAAACAAGUUAUGAAAACGACGAUAUGUCAGUUCAGGAGGAAGAAGUCCCGAUGAGCUUUGAAAUGCCAACACCUCCAGAGGAUCUGUUUCUGGAUUCCACCACAGGCCAUUUUAUUUCUUCUGAAGGUGGCUCUGCUCUGUGCACGAAUAACAUUGAAGUCGGCCUCAAAGAAGACAGCACCUCAUCGGUCGACCCCGUUGAAGGGUUUAAAGAUGAUUUGAAAGACCCUGACUACUUCCCGGAUCGUGCUGAGGGUCAGAAGCGUAAAACCCAAAAGUUGCCCACGUUGCCGAUGAAGGCCAUCAUCGUGAAGACAAAAUCUCCACCAUCGAACCUCAAACGCUUGUCGCCGAAACCUUGUCUUCCACAGCAGCGCAACUUCAAAGUGAUGUUGCCACCUCGGCCUGUACAGAUCGUAAACAAUGCUUCCUCCGCUGCUGUCACUGUUUCUCGCACAGUCACCUCCCCCAUCGUGAUCAAUGGUUUGAACUUACCAAUUCAGGCCGCGGCCACACAGGGCAGAACCAUCGCCAUUCGCUUGGACAACCCGACAGGAAGUCAGCAGCAGGUUGCCAUUCAGAAUCAAGCCGCAACCACAAGCUCGCCGGCUCCCGCCCCUCAGGUCCUGUUAGUCAACCGACAGGGUCAGAUUCUGAUCAAAGACCCGAGGUCCAACACUUAUCAGACCCUCAGCACAAACUCUCCUGCCUACAAUAAAAUAAGCCAGAUUGCUAAGAUUCUCCACAGCGGGAAUGCUUUGCAGCGCUCUGUCCCUCGCGUUGUAAUAAAGCCGCGUUCCAGCGUCUCAGCCACAAACGCCCCCUCCGCCAGCAACAACACCACAACUACAGAGAAAAAAAUCAUCGUCAGAGUGAUGCCUAUGAAAAGCGCCGGCGCUGUAGUAGCCACGACCCCAGUGACCUUGCAGACGACCCCUGAAGCACGUUUCUCUAGCAUCAAAGCAAGCACAGCCCAGGCUAUCAUCGACAGAGCCAUGGCCACACACCGAGACGAGCCAAAGACUACCCCCAUCAUCCUCAGUAAAACUUGCUGGCCAAAGACCAAACAUCAAAAGGCCUUGCCGUUUCAGGCUUCAGAGGUCUCCCAUCAGUCCCCAGCUGCACCUCCAGAAUCCCCCCACAGUUUACUAAAUGAACCAGAUUUAAACCUGCAACCAGCACAUGCCUCGUCAUCACGACAGCAGGUGAGAGUCAAGAGAGUGUCGACGGUGUUCGACCGACCCUCCAAUAAGAAAUCCAAGAUGGACUUUUUGAGGGAUCCCUCAAGUGAUCUGGAUCAAGUAAAUGAAGCCAGACCAAGUGGUGUGAGGAUGAAAGCUCCAUCAAUGAAGGACAUCCUUGAUAUGGAUCAGGAACAAAUGUCACAUAAGCCUGAGCAGUUAAGGAUUACCGCUCCACCUCCUCCUCCUACACCCUCCAGGCACCCUCGGGUUGAGAGUCCGCCCUCACCUGCACAUACCAACAGUCACAUUCAGAGUAAAACACACAAGUGGGUCGGCGCUCACCAUGCAGACCUCUCUGAAUGGGGCCCCUAUACAGGUUUUAGCUCAGAGGAAGAUGCACCUGCACCCACACACAGAAAGAGGACGUACAUGAACCAGCCCCACCUGCGCUUCGAAAUCACCAGUGAUGAUGGCUUCUGUGUGAAGGCUAACAGCAUAGAGGUGGCCUGGCGUGCAGUGAUUGACGGCGUCCUUGAAGCCCGGGCAGGCUUCCACCUGAAGCAGCUGCCUCUGGGCGGGAUGAGCGGGCCGCGGGUGCUCGGUGUCGUUCACGAUGCCGUCAUCUUCCUCCUGGAGCAGCUGCAUGGUGCCGCAAACUGCAAACGCCAUCGCUUCCGUUUCCACUGCUGCGAUAACAUCGAGGAAGAGCUUCCUCUAAAUCCAAGCGGCUGCGCUCGCACUGAAAUCCACACAAGGAAAGCGACUUUUGAUAUGUUCAACUUCCUGGCAUCGCAGCACAGAGGGCUCGAUGUCAUUGUGGGCCCCUUUGAUGAGGAGGAGGAUGAAUUUCCACUUAAAUCUUCCAGGCGAGCCACCAGCAGUGAGCUUCCCAUGGCAAUGAGAUUCAGACACCUGGAAAAAAUUUCCAAAGAAGCAGUGGGAGUUUACAGGUCUGAAAUUCAUGGUCGCGGUCUUUUCUGCAAAAGAAACAUCGAGGCUGGCGAGAUGGUGAUCGAGUACGCUGGCAACGUCAUUCGCUCCGUGCUGACUGAUAAGCGGGAGAAAUAUUAUGACAGCAAGGGAAUCGGCUGUUACAUGUUCCGCAUCGACGACUUCGACGUGGUGGACGCAACGAUGCAAGGCAACGCCGCUCGCUUCAUCAACCACUCGUGCGAGCCCAACUGCUACUCUCGCGUCAUCAACGUGGACGGGCGCAAGCACAUCGUCAUCUUCGCCCUGAGGAAAAUCUACCGGGGCGAGGAACUCACCUACGACUACAAGUUCCCCAUCGAGGACGAGAACAGCAAGCUGCACUGCAACUGCUCGACGAGGCGCUGCCGUCGCUUCCUGAACUAGUACAACACACACUCUCACACACCGCACAAAUAGCCGUCUUGUUAAAUGCACUUGAACUCAGGAGGCCGACUGAUGAAGGCGACUGUCGAGACGUAGCCAUGAGAGGGAAUUCUCUGAUACACAGAUCUGCUUUGCUUUGAUGGAAACAUAAUUUAUAGACUGAUGGAGGACCUUUCUGUCACAUGAACUGCUGUGAACCAGAUUAGAGCCAUAUGUUUCUGAUGAAUAAUAUUUAUGUCGAUGCUAGAGUGUUGGUCUGUGAGAAAGUGCAGUUAAACUAACGAAAAGUUCACCUUUUGGGGGGGGACUUUUGUACUGUUUCACCAUCUCAUACAACACAUUCUUACUUUCUUACAUUGAAUUUGUCAGGAGCCUCUGCUAGAAGGCAAUUGUUACCGGCUACAAACAGUGCAAGCUGAGAUUGCAGCUACUACUGUCUGUGGUGAUGCUGGUAUAUCGGUAAAUACAAGGUCACUAAGGAGGAUGAGGAGAAUUUAUUCAGCACCUUACAUUGACACAACCUUCUCCGGCAGCACUGGUGUCACAGCAGGCGGAACAAUUUUUACUUUGGAUUAAAACAAACGCAUCCAUCUCCAGACAACCCGAGCACACUGUAGUGCAGCUGCGUUUUAACUUCAUUCUGGAUAACAUAAGGUGCUGGGGACAUUUAACCCAAAAGGUAGUUUUAAUAUAGUAACUUAAACCCCUUUUUGCCCCCUGAGUUGAAAUUCCCUGUUUUUAUUUGUGACUGCAGAAAUGCUGUGACCGAAAUGCUUUUAUCCCGCCAUUGCUGUCUGUUCUUUAUCUGUUAAUUUUGUACUGUUUGUGUAUUUAAGGUCUAUAAGGGAGAGUUCCUUGGUGCAGCCAAGGUUCAAACUGAAUAUAAUGAUCGUGCGCCGCACAGUCCCUUAUACAUCUUUUUGUAUUUUUGUAUAUUUGAACAAUAAAUGUAUAUUCAACAAGCUGAUGGAAAUAAAUGUUUGAGCUUUUAACUUUCUAUUUGUAAGUCGAGGCUGAAGUUGAGAACUGAAGCCAUUGCUGAGUAAAUAAAAGUUUAAGCUACGUUUUACAUCCUCUUGUGUCUCACAGUUGUACUACCUCAAAGAUAUCAUGAAGCAAGAUUUAAUUAAUUUGACACCACAUUGGGAAAUAAAAGAUUCCUUAUUGUUCAGUUACUAAUCAUUACUGCUUAAUAGUAUGAAAACAAAUAAUAUCAAUGCUAUUUCUUGCUUUUAUGCCUGCGAUUUACCCCUUUGUGCAGCUGAAUUUAGCUUCUGGAUUUAGAUGGAUUUGAGACAGUUUAGUUAAAAGGCUGAAUGCUGUGGAAAUAUGUUUUCUUUUUUUAAGGAUUAUUUAUCUACACGCAAAGCUUUGUUGCUCAAUUGGCUUAGUAUGGAUCCUUGCCUGUACAAAGUUGUAUAAAGAAUUUCUAAACCUGUUAAAUAUUUUUUUACCUUCACUUCCUUUUUUAAUUUAUGUUCAAUAAAAAUUGCAAAUGUUAA